UGAAAAUAACAAAUGUAAAUUGGAAACAAAGUUUUUGUUUUUACUUAACAAGAUUUCUAAAAAUGUUUUGUUGUUAACUUAAAUCCUCCUUUAGGUUAAGGACAUGAUGCAAGAGUCUAUUUAGCUAUGCAUAAAAAAACAGGAGAAAUGUUUGCUUUGAAAGUUUUAACUAAUCUGUCACAAGAUCAUAUCAUAAAUCUCUAGGUUUUUUUACAUGUUAUUUAGCGAACGAAAUUCAAAUACUUAAACGCAUUAGUAAUCCAGGAACAGUCUUAUUAAAGGGACAUUCUGAAGAUUAUACUUGUGUUCUUUUGGAGUACAUGCCAAAUGACACAUUUUUAAAGAUAUUAAAAAAGGGACCAUUCCCAUUUCCUUUAGCAAAGACUUUAUCAGGCUAUCUUAUUAAAGUCUUAGGAACUCUUCAUAAUGCCGGAAUAGCUCAUUGUGACAUAAAGCCAGAAAAUAUUUUGAUUGCCGCUGAUUAUAAUCUCAAAUUGUGUGAUUUUGGAUUUGCAAGACUCUCAAAUUAAAAUUUAAGACCUGCUGGAGGAACUCCUGGAUAUACUGCACCAGAAUUAUAUAUAAAUGAGACAAUGAAUCUAUUUAAAUGUGAUAUAUUUGCUUUGGGAGUAGUAAUAUUUAUAAUUGUGAUGGGAUUCCCUCCAUUUUAAUCAAAUGAUCCUAAUUCAAGAGAUGGAUGGUGGGCAUUAAUCUAUAACAAAUAAUAUGAUUUAUUCUGGAACAAAUGUGAAAGUUUUAGAUAACAGCAAUUUCCUAAAGAAUUUAAGAUUAUGAUAAUGUCAAUGUUAGAAAGUGAUCCAGAUAAGAGGAUAUCCUUAAAUACAUUAUUAGAACAUGAAUUCUUAUAGGAUGGAGCAACUGAGGAAGAAGUAUUGAUAGAGAUAGAGAAAAGAGUGAAGGAAUGAAUGAAAUAAGG